CCUUGAAAAAAUGUAGAUCCAAACACUAAUUAUCAAAGUUGACUUGUUUUAGGAACGACCAUGUUCUUGGGUAAGCAGCCAAAGGAGUAACUUCCAUAUGUUAUUUAUUUAUUCUUUCGGAACAACUAAGAAUGACAAGUUGAGUCUGAAUAAUGAUUAAACAAUGACCUGGAAAACUCAAGUCUUCUUCCUCUCACCAUUGAGUCAUUGACUUUAGGAUAUAAAGAUCUUGAAGCACAAAAAGCUUCCCCUUCAUCUCACCACUUAGCAGAAACCAGAGCUAGCCAGAACUGCCAGAACAAAAUGUGUGAUCAAGUAGUGUCCUUGGCUCGUGAGCAAUUGCUCCCACUGGCUCGUGAUCAUCUGCUUCCAGUGUUAAAGGAAGCAGCCAACAUGAUCAGGGGUGUUCCAAAAGGAGUAGCAGAAAUGAAAGGUGACCUUGAAAGCAUUGAAGACUUCAUCAAUGAUGCAGUUCGAAUGGCUGAGGCUGAAGAAGACCACACGCGUGAUGGGAUCAAAACAAGGGUGAAGCAGCUCAGAGAAGCAUCUUUUCUCAUAGAAGAUGUCAUUGAUGAAUACUCCAUCUGUGAGGGGCAUCGGCCUCGGGAUCCCGGGUGUGCUACAAUCCCCCGUGACACCGCUGGCUUCAUCAAAACCAUGAUGCUUCGCCUUCAGAUAGCCUACAAGAUUCAGAACAUCAAAUCAGAAGUUGAUGGAAUGGUGAAAGGAAGUGAUAAAAGUGGCAUUCAAAUCCAAAUUUCUUCAGAACAAGGACAGAACAGUUCUUCAGGAAUUCAAAAUCUCACAUUGAACAACCUUCAACCGGAUCCAUUGAAAGAUGAAGCUGAAGUUGUCGGCUUUGAAGCUCCAAGAGAUGAAUUGAUUCGUUGGUUGGUGGAGGGAGAAGAAGCAAAGCGCACAGUCAUCUCUGUGGUGGGACAGGGAGGUCAGGGGAAAACCACUCUUGCUAAGAAAGUCUAUGACACUAAAGAGGUCAUUGAGCACUUCCGUUGCCACGCGACGAUCACGGUGUCCAAGUCCUACAAUGUAGAUAGCUUGUUGAGAGACAUGUUGCAGCAGUUUUGCAAUGAAAGCAACAAGGAUCCUCCUCAGGCAAUGGAAGGAGAGCCGUUGAGAGCUGAAGUGACAAAGCACUUGCAGGAUAAGAGGUAUCUCAUCUUGUUUGAUAAUGUUUGGGACAUAAAUUUCUGGAAGGUGAUUGAAUAUGCUUUGAAAGAUAAUAAGAAAGGAAGUAGGAUAUUAAUCACAACCAGGAAUAUGGAUGUUGCUAUGUCAUGCAAGAGAUCUUCUCUUGUUCUAGUGCAUCAGCUGCAACCUUUAAGUCGAAUAAAAUCUUUGGAGCUGUUCUAUAAGAAGGCGUUCUUUGAAUUUGAUGGAGAUUGUCCCAAAAAUCUUUUGGAUGUAUCUGCUAAAAUUGUUGAAAAAUGUGAUGAUUUACCUCUAGCAAUUGUGGCCAUUGGCGGUCUUUUAUCUGGUAAAGAUAGAGAUCCAUUUCAAUGGGAAAGGUUUAAUGAAACUCUAAGUUUCGAGUUGGAGAAGAAUCCUGAUUUGUCUGUUAUAACAAAGAUUUUAGGCUUGAGUUAUCAUGAUUUACCUUACUACCUCAAAUGGUGCUUCUUGUACUUUGGGAUAUAUCCUGAAGACUACGAAAUCAAAGCUGAUAGACUGAUUAGGCAGUGGGUAGCUGAAGGGUUUGUCAAAGAUGAAAAGGUGAAAACAGUGGAGGAAACUGCAGAAACAUAUUUAACGGACUUGAUUCACAGAAGCCUGGUUCAAGUGACUUCAUUAGCUAGUGAUGGAAAAACUAGAAGUUGUCGUGUUCAUGACCUGGUACGACAAAUGAUCCUUGAUAAAAUUCAAGAUCUAAGUUUUUGCCAUUUCCCUAGUAGUGAAAAUGAGAAGAAACCAGUCUUUGAUGGAAUGGUUCGUCGCCUCACAAUAGCAUCCAGUUGCAACAAUGGGAUGGGAAGUGUUGAAACCUCAAACAUUCGGUCACUGCAUAUUUUCAAAAAUGAAGAACUACCAGAUUCCUAUGUGACAAGUAUCCCUUCAAGGCACAGGUUACUAAAAGUGCUUGAUCUUGAAGAUGUUUCCCUGUAUCAUCAAGUUCCUAAAAAUUUGGGGGACUUGUUCCUCUUGAGGUAUUUAAGCUUCAGAAAUACAAAGGUAGAAAAUCUUCCAGGAUCCAUUGGUAUGCUCCUCAACCUAGAGACCUUGGAUCUAAGGCAAACGCUGGUGCGCGAGUUGCCAAGAGAGAUUAACAUGCUUACAAAGCUAAGACACCUUCUAGCAUAUGAUAUCUCCAAGGGAGUUGGGUAUGGGAUUCAACUAAAAAAUGGCAUUGGGGACAUAGAAUCCUUACAAACUCUACGUGAAGUCGAAGCGGAUCACGGUGGGAUUGAGCUGAUAAAAGAGCUUGAAAGGCUUACAGAGUUAAGAAUGCUGGGGUUGACCAAUGUGAAGGGAGAAUACACAAGUGCUCUAUGUUCCUCAAUAAAUAAUAAGCAACACUUGGAGAAACUAUAUAUUACUGCAGUUAAUGGAAAAGAGGUCAUUGAUUUGCAUCAUCAUGUAUCUGCACCUCGACUUAGGAAGCUUCGCCUUACUGGGAGGUUAAACAAUUUCCCACACUGGGUUCGAAAUCUCAACUUACUUGUUAAGUUGUCCUUGUCACACUCCAUGUUAACUCAUGAUCCCUUGGAAUCACUGAAAGAUCUGACAAAUUUGCAGUACCUCAGCAUCCUGUACCAUGCAUAUGAUGGUGAAACUUUGCAUUUUCCAGAUGGGGGGUUUCGGAGCCUGAAGCAGUUAGUACUCAGGCGCUUGUAUAAUUUGAAUUCUAUCAGUAUCGGUGAAGGAGCACUGUGUUCACUGGAGAGGUUAAAGUUGGUGAAUAUAUCCGAACUCUAUGAGGUGCCUUCUGAUGUCUAUGACUUAAAAAAGCUUCAAGUUUUCCACAUUGUGAACAUGCCAGAGUUUGAGCAGAACAUUGAUCGCGAUAUAGGAAAGUUCCAAUGGAUCAUAGAGCAGGUGCCCUUUGUGAGCAUUGCUGAACGAACUUGGGCAUGAAGAAAAUGUCCAACUUUGGAAAUAAAGGAAGGCAUAGUGCUGCAGAAUUCAGAUUCUCCAUGCAUGCAGGCUUUCAUGAUGAUGACAUUAUAUGUUUAAGUUUCUGCUUUGGCCUUUGGUGCUUCAAUCCUCAAGUGAAGAGAAUAAUGGACCUGUCUUUCCUUGGUAGAGGAAUAUGAAACCUCUGAGUAAAUGAGAGUGAUUCAAGACAUUUUGCUUUUUUAUUCGUUUCCUUUGCAAUGUAUCAUGCUUGCAUUAUGUUGUGAGAAUUUCUUUUUCACGAAUUGUAAUCCAUUUUUUCUGUUGAUAUAUGCCUUUUCAUUUAGAUAUUGACAUGAAAGUUUCAUGUAAUUUCAUUCCUUUCAUAAC